AUGCAACAGCAUCUUGAUCUUUGCCCCCACUACUCAUUCAUCAUUGUCGAUGAAAGCGUGUGGUUUUUGGAUAUCGUGGCGAUUGCGCUCAAGAAGACCUAUCAUUCGGUCACCCACGAUACAUAUAAAGGGCGACUCGACACAGUCCUGCGCCACUUAACCAUCAAGAAGGUUGCCCAAGCUAUGCCCCCGCAUUCCCUACUGGCUAGUCGAGGUACAGGUGGUCAGGGACUCAGCAUGCAAUUCGCAAAGGUUGUUUUUCGAUGCGGACCCUGGUGGAAGAAAGCGUGGGAGGAGCAAGCAACUGGACGAGUUCACCGACCAGGACCACAGAAGCCUACUUUUAUCUACGAACUCAGAGCCUAG